AUGAGAACUGACAGGAGACACCAGGAGGUCCGAGCGCCGCAAAGGCUUGUUACGACUACCCGGCCAGAACUUGAGCCUGUGCUUACAGGUGCUUACUAGGCUGUGCUGCGCCUGUCGUGGGGCUGAGCGUGUCUACAGACUUGGCUUGCGCUGUUGGCUGAACCUGGCUGAACCAGGCUGAACCGGGCUGAACCGGGCCUGGGCCUGCCUGGGCUGGCCAGGGCUGGCCGGCUCUCUGACCCGCGCUGACCCGCGACAGGGACUUCUUACGGUUCUUACGCCCCAUUACACACAUCUUUUGCAUCAUCAGUCAGUCUGUCGGGUGUUGUGGCACAAGUUACGGCCUUAAUUCUUGCUGACGUUGAGUUCUGACCUCCUUUGUAUUGCAUGUGCGCCACCUCCCCGCCGCCGCCGCCGCCACUGUCGUUCCCGUUCCCAUUCGUCCGUCGUCAUCGUUCAUCGUCGUGUCGCCCCACGGCACCACUUGGUCGCCUGGCCGCCGCUGCGCUCCGUAUCAUCGCAGUGUCCGAAGGCGAAGCAUUGCCCGCCGCCCAGAAGUCCUCAUGGAGCUCCUUCCUCAAGUCCAUCGCCAGUGGUCAGUCCAGCUCCCGGUAUCGUGUUGGUGGUCCACGCAAUUGGCGCGAUCCCGAGGCGCUCGGCAAGGCGAUGAUGGCCUCGCCAUCGUUGCUCUGGCUGACUUGGUCGGACACACACUUACUCUACGUCCUUUUCCCGAUAGCGACCGGCGAUUUGUCUUCUAUGACUGCUCCUCCGUUCAUCCUCUCGCCGACGUCGUUGUGCGAGUUUCCCUCGUAAGUUCCCCAAGUGGUGCUCAGCCAACUCCCCACGUCGGGCCUUGCAUGUUCCCGCCACGCCUUUGGCGACUAUCGAGGGGCUCUCAGGUUCCCCUUCGCUCCGACUAGAUUGCAGCUGGCCUGACAAAUUUAUGCAUGUCACACACAGCUACUGGGGUGAACCGACCCAACAGUUUGCCGCCAUCGCCGAAGCCAAGACGCCCGAGGCUCGCCAUCUCGCCGUCACGGCUUGGUUCCUCUCGACCUGCCCCGGCCAAUUCACCAGGCGUGAGAAGGAGACCGGUACCGAGAAGAAGCCGCUCAACCCUUUCCUGGGUGGGUCUGCUAAAUUGCCUCCUGGCGCUCUCCCUGACUGACGUCAAGACCGGCGAUUUCGUGUGCAGGCGAACAAUUCAUCGGCCAAUGGAACGGUGGAGAGCUCAAGUUGUGGGCCGAACAGGUCUCGCACCACCCGCCCGUGACGGCGUACUACCUCGAGAACGAGAGCAAGGGCCUCAGCUUCGAGGGCAACUGCGCCCAAAAGACGUCCUUCUCCGGCCGCGCCAUCAGCGUCAGACAAGUCGGCCAUGGUAUCGUGCGCAUCAAACUCGCCGACGGCACCGUCGAGCAGUACCUCAUCACCUUGCCCAAGCUCAAGAUCGAAGGCAUUCUUCUCGGUUCGCCCUACGUCGAGCUGUGUGAUUCGUCGCUCAUUCAGUCUUCGACCGGGUACCAAACCUCGCUCGAAUUCCGAGGCAAGGGAUGGGUCUCGGGCAAGGCGCACGCAUUCACUGCGACCGUGACCAACGCGGGUCACACGCUGUACGUCAUCGAUGGUCUGUGGACCGGCGAGAGUCACUUCAUCAAAGGUUCCAAGUCGCGAAUCGGCGAACUCUUCCUCGACACGGCACCCGAUCGGUCACCCAUCGAGGUUAAGCCCAUUAGCGAGCAGAGCGAGUACGAGAGUCGUCGAGCGUGGAAGGAGGUCGCCGAUGGGAUUCGGAAAGGUGCGUCGAAUGGUGACGUGUCUGCUCACAGCGUGCGUCAUCUUUCUAGCCCAGUCCGUUAACCGAUCCUUGAGAUCUAAUGGUAUAGGCGACUUUGACACGGCAUCCGCUGCCAAGAGUCGCAUCGAAGUGAGUCCGAGCGAGGCUACUCCGUCGCGGCGUGACCGACUGCUGUGCUUACUCGUUCGGCCCUUACGCUCAUAGAACUCGGAGAGGCAAAAGCGCAAGGACGAGGCCGCAGCUGGCAAACCUUUCGAGACACGUCUGUUCGACGUCGUCGAGGAUGAUCCCGAUUGUCAGUCGCGUGGCAGUCUUGUUUGCAACUGGGCGUAUUCACUGACGGUUCUUCGAACGACGUUCACUAUUUGCCAAAGACCACAAGCUGGUGGCCAUGACCAAGCACGAGCCGCAGCAUGAAGCGUCGUACAAGUUCAAGGGCUCCGACGAGGCAUAA